ACUCUGUCCUCGGUACAUGUAGCCCUAUGGGCCAAGGGGUGGACUCACCUGCUAGAAAGCCCCAACUGGAGCUUGCACCCCAAAUCCUAUAUAAGCAUUUUCAUGGCAUUUCUGCAGUCUCUCGUCUCACCCCUUUUAUCUGGGGUUGUGCUUAUGAUGGUCUCUUCUUUCAGACUUAUUAUGUAGCCUUUGAAAAUGACCUUUAAAUAGUGUGGCGCUUGUGAGGGGAGGUAGUUCCUUUGGGAAUUGUGAUUAGAUCCCUCUGCCUCCUUCUUUCUUUAGUUAAGCAGGUGACUUGCUGAGUAUCUCAAGCCAGAAUUGAUUGAGGUCAUUCCUUGUCAGUGUGUCCUCCCCAAGCAGUCCUUUGUGGUUCAGGACGCAGCCACCGAAGAGGAUGCCUGCAAAAGGAAGGGCUUCCCUAACAGGAUUACGCUGAGACGUUUGCGACCGCUCUGAUGGAAUCUGGUGGCUGAGGACUCAAUCUUGUGCCCAGUGGGGGAUACCCCUCUGUGGAAUGGUGGAUACUCCAUUGGGAGACAGAAAGUCAGGCUACUGAACAGGGUCUCCUGACUCACAGAGCCCUCUAAAAAUCAGAGCCUCUGGAUCCAUCCUUUCUCAAAGAGUUUAGUUUCAACUCAAGGUGUUCCAAAAUGAACCGGAGGACAAGAAGUCUUUCGAGAGACCUGCUUCUCAGAAAGGAGCUGGAGCACAUGUCUCCCAGACUGAAAACCUUCCUCUCUGAACCCAUUGGGGAGAAGGAUGUGGCCUGGGUGGAUGGAAUCAGCUAUGAGCUUGCCAUCAAUUUGGUCACCAAAGGUUUCGACAAGGCCUAUAUCCUGCUGGGACAGUUCCUUCUCAUGCACAAGAACGAGGCAGAGUUCCAGAGGUGGCUCAUUUGUUGCUGUGGGGCCACGGAGCAUGAAGCCCGCCAAAGCUCCACCUGCCUGAAGAAGUGGUGUUCCUACUUCCUGUAAAUACCCGGGGCCUGGCCGCUCUACCCCAGA